AUGACAAGCACCAUCGUUUGCUUUUUGCUCGAUUGCAGCAAGCAGUUGUGCGUCUCGCUCCUGCUGAAGCUGUUGCUGCUCACGAUACAACAUCUCGAGUCACAGUACCUGCUCGAAGGACUCAGUUGCCACUUGCAAAUACCAGCACACUAUUCUCCUUCCGUGUCGCAAACUACUAUACGCCGCCCGGCUCUGCGUGUGCUUGUAGCACACGACCUCCUCGUUAGUGCCAGACUUGCGCAACACCGUCACGUUCCCUGCUUUCAAGUGACUCUGCAGCAGCAGAUUCGAGCUCCGCUGGAUGCAAUACGUCAUGCGUUUGCCCAGACCAGGAGCUGCAACUUGCAUCGCGAAGGUUCCGUCGUGGCCGUUGACGCGCUUCUGUUCCAGUCAAAGCUCCUCCAAUCGAUGACGACUGACGCACUAACGGAGUUUCGACUGGAAGCGACGCGACGGAACGAGACGAUGGGCGCGAGUGGAGACGUGAAGCGAGCGAAGCGCUUGAGGCAGUGCGUCGUGUGUCAAGACGCGCAGUUUGUGGUGCUUGACAAGCCUCAGGGACUGACACUGCAGUCGCUGGAUCGGUACUUGCCAUUGCUUGCCAAGGUGAUGGGUAGUGGCUUCUGCCAGCAAGCGAAACACAUCGACGAUGACGACCAGCAAGAGACGCUGCGACUGGUGGAUCGACUGGACAAGGAGACGUCGGGUGUGCUGGUGCUGGUGCGUUCUCGUCUUGCAGCUACCAAGUUCUCGGCGCUGCUCCGAAGUGGGGCCGUGCAUAAGACGUACGAGGCACUCGUGGCAAGACGCUCGUCAAAAGACCAGAGCUGCUCGAGAUGGACAGAGUGGGAAGGGCAAGAGAUCCAUGACCCAGUGGACGACAAAACUGCUUGCACGUUAGUGGAGCGCGUACUGCAGCGGAACGAAGGCCGCUACACCGAGCACAGUGGUAAGACCGCCUGGCUGCAGCUCCGACCUCGCACGGGUCGCAAGCAUCAACUUCGAGUGCACUGUGCACAAGCACUCGAGGCGCCAAUUGUCGGGGACACCAAAUAUGGCGGACGACGAGCCAAUCGACUCUAUUUACAUUCAGCACGGAUUCGCUUCCUGGGCCCUUUUGCUGAGGGAUCGUUCGUCGACGUGAAGUGCGAGAUGGAGCCUAGAAAGCGACCGGAUCCCUGUCGCAUUCAAGGUUCUAACAUUGUGGACCAUGUCGGGACUUACUAG